CCGCGGCCGGUGGGCGCGGGUUGCGGGGCCGUCGGCGAAGCUGCCGCCUCAGGCGCAGCCCCGGCCUGCACGCAGCCACGAAGCUGAGCCGCGCGCCGGAGAGCCCGCAGCUCCGCCUCGCCAGGGGCAGCCGGGGCGCCCUCAGAGGCCGGAGCGAGUGGGCCUGCCGGGCGUCGGGAGCGAGCCGCCGCCGUGCUCAGCCUGCCUUGCUGCGCGUGGGGGUUCCGAUCCCUCCACUCCGGCACGCGCAGCCCCGCGGCUCCGGGCGACGUGCUCGAGGUCGGUGCAGCCCGGGUGCCGCGGAGCUGGCGCAGGCCACCUGUGUGACAACUUGAACUUUUCCUAGGAUUUCCCGACCGCCAGAUGGAUCACCUUGCGCAGUUCCUCUGAGACCUCGUGCGUUUAUCGAUGAAAUAAAAAGCAAGAUUUUCCCCAGUUCCUUUUAGAACGUUAUGACUUUUCUCCAUUUGGAGACAGCUCAGGAAACUGCCAGAGGGACAGACAGCUCCUCUCCGUCGGGGCCUGCGUUGUCUUCGGGAGCUUGGGGCCUGUAUGUGCCCCGCCCUCGCUGACAUCUUUCCAGCGCUUAGAGACACUUGUCCAGAGUCAUGAUCUUGAAGGCUUGAGCCGCUUGCCAGGAGAGAGAGGCUGUCUCCUGAGCCCCAAGAUGGCGGCUAAGAUGGAGAUAACUUUGAGCUCGCAGUCCCACAUUCAGGCCUCCUCCAAGCCAGAGAGACACAUAAUAACAAAGCUGGAAGAGAGACGGGGACCCGCUCUGCAAAAGGACCGCCCCGAUCCCGAGCUCUCCCGCCAGAGCUUCCGACGGUUUUGUUAUCAAGAGGUGUCUGGACCCCAAGAGGCACUCGCCCGGCUGCAGCAGCUCUGCCGUCAGUGGCUGCAGCCCGAGCUGCACACCAAAGAGCAGAUAUUGGAGCUGCUGGUGCUGGAGCAGUUCCUGAACAUCCUGCCCUCGGAGAUUCAGGCUCGCGUCAGGCAUCGAUGUCCAAUGAGCUGCAGGGAGAUUGUGACCCUGGUGGAAGAUUUUCAAAGAGCAGCCAAGAGACCAAAGCAGUGGGUGGCCGUGUGUAUGCAGGGGCAGAAGGUGCUCUUGGAGAAAACUGGAUCUCAGCUUGGAGAACAGGAACUACCAGACUUUCAACUGCAAACUCCUAGGAGGUUUCCCCGGGAGAGUGCUCUGGAGGAGCCUUCCUGGGCGGGAUCUCCGGACCAGCUGAGCUCUCAUCAUUGGGAAAAAUCCACACUCCUCCAGGAACCAAGCCCCAGAUUGGCUGGUACAGAGGCCCCCAGAAUGAAAAGUGACAACAAGGAAAAUCCGCAGCCAGAGGGGGCUAAAGGAGGGAAGCCAUGUGCCCUGUCCCCUGGCAGACCCAAAGGUAACGGUCUGCAGAGUCCCGAACCGCGAGGGGCGAAUAGGAAUGAACCCCGGUUGUCACGGAGGCAGGUCAGCCCCCCGAAUGCUCAGAAGCCAUUCGCUCACUACCAGAGACAUUGCAGGGAACUGGAGUACAUCAGCAGCCCCCUGAAAAGCCACCCGCUGAGAGAGCUGAAGAAAAGCAAAGGGGGCAGAAGGAGCCUGAGCAGUCGCUUGCAGCGCCUUGGUCACCAGGCGGCCCGCUCGGCAAAGAAGCCUUACAGAUGUGAUGACUGUGGGAAAAGCUUCACGUGGAAUUCGGAGCUGAAAAGACACAAGCGGGUGCACACAGGGGAGAGGCCCUACACGUGCGGAGAGUGUGGGAACUGCUUUGGGCGCCAGUCAACGCUGAAACUGCACCAGAGGAUCCACACCGGGGAGAAGCCCUACCAGUGCGGCCAGUGUGGGAAAAGCUUUCGCCAGAGCUCAAACCUCCACCAGCACCACAGACUCCACCACGGGGACUGAAAGCGGGGCUUGGUUCUCUCCGUUCAGAAGGAAGGCAUCCGAAUUUCUCCUUCCCUUACUUGCAUGUAAAUCCCAGGGUGUCUGUGUGACUUACAAGGAAAGCAAGAAGUCCCUGAGGGAUGCGGUGCACAUUUGGCCCGUGAGGAGUUCCAGAAGAUGCCGAGGGGGACGUGACCGUGUUGGUGACAGGGUGAAGAAGUGGCAGGUCUGGGCGUUGGGUCAGAGAGAACUGGGGUCUCUGUUGGAGAGCAGGGAGUGACCGCUGAGAGAAUCCGGCCCAUCCCGCAGGUGCCCCUCCCCCCACCUUGGUGUGCAGUCUUCCCCCUGCCGCUUUAUUUAUUCUCGAAAUACGUUCAAGGGGAAAUUCCGUAUGUAUAUACCUGAUGUACUUGCUGUCGUGCCCGACAGUCUUUACCGCACACGCACUUCGGUAAUAACGAUCAGUGAUUUCAAGGCAAAAGAUCAUUGGAAUAUAAAUCCCCUAAUACUCUUUCUGUCAUUGCUGGCCGUUCAUAAUAAAGGACACAUGAAGCGAGA